GGACUGUCACAUUGACAGUUUCAAAGAACUUUUUCAAAUUCUCUGGAUCCAAGUGAUUUUACCUUCAAAAUCGAUUUUGAAGUUCAAAAUAAAAAUAGUUUCCAAAUCUCCAUUACUUAAUAUCAUUUGAUAAUGUCUUUUCUGGCAAGAAAUCUAGGUCGGACCAUAGCCCAGGUGUCGACGAGAGGACUUCAAACAUCAGCAGUGAACCAAAAUACUAUUUUAUCUGACGAAUUUCUCAAGGGGCUGUCAAAACCUGAAAGUCGAACAACAUGUACGCUAAUCCCUGGAGAUGGUGUUGGUCCAGAACUAAUGUACUCACUGCAAGAAGUGUUCAAGGCCGCCAAUUGUCCUGUGGACUUCGAAACAUUUUUCUUCUCCGAAGUCAACCCGACCAUGAGCGCUAGAUUGGAGGAUGUCACCGCAUCUAUCAAGAAAAAUAAAGUUUGUCUCAAGGGAAUUCUAGCAACACCGGAUUUCAGUCGCACGGGUGAACUGCAAACAUUGAACAUGAAACUGAGAACCGAAUUAGAUUUGUACGCGAACGUGGUGCACGUACGAAGUUUGCCAGGUGUGAAGAGCCGUCAUCAUGACAUUGAUGCCGUCAUCAUUCGUGAACAAACUGAAGGCGAAUAUUCGGCAUUGGAACAUGAAUCGAUUCCCGGUGUGGUGGAGUGCUUGAAGAUUAUCACUGCCAAAAAGUCGGCCAGAAUCGCUAAAUUUGCGUUCGAUUAUGCCACCAAGAAUCAACGGAAGAAGGUGACCUGUGUGCACAAGGCCAAUAUUAUGAAGCUGGGCGAUGGUUUGUUCUUGAAAAGCUGUGAGGAGAUUUCGAAACUGUACCCACGUAUUAAGUUCGAAAAGAUGAUCGUGGACAACACAACAAUGCAACUGGUCUCCAAUCCGAAUCAAUUCGACGUAAUGGUAACCCCAAAUCUAUACGGCAGCAUUGUUGACAAUAUUGCCUGUGGGCUGGUUGGCGGUGCUGGUGUUGUAGCUGGCGCAAGUUACUCGGCCGAAACGUGUGUAUUUGAACCGGGUGCGCGUCAUACAUUCAGUGAAGCAGUUGGUAAAAAUUUGGCCAAUCCAACGGCUAUGCUCCUUUGCGGUGCCAAAUUGUUGCGUCAUAUCAACUUGCAGUCGUACAGCGAUAUGAUCACCAAUGCGAUAAACAAGGUCUUGAUCGAGGGCAAAUACCGAACCAAAGAUCUCGGUGGCCAGAAUACAACCACUGAUUUUACGUACGCUGUCAUUGAUCACCUUAAGUAAAUUUGCAAAAACUAUGACCGAGGUAAACGAAAGACAAUGUAGGUACAUGGCUUGAGGAGCAUUUUAACGAUAAAAAAUUCAUCUUUUGACGGUUUUACCACACAUUCAUUAUUUAUUUACACACACUGUUUGGUGGACACACACAUACGAGUCCACGCAUAUUUAUUCGAAUUCUGUACUCAUCCGCUAGGGGAAUUCAAUCCGAAUUUUUGAAGUGAAUCUCACUUUGGUCCGACUAAUCCAUUGAUAAUAAUAGAUAAAUGUUGUGUGAGCAUACCACGGUCCGCAGCACCGGGAUGCUCAACUUAAUAACGACGUGAGUGUGGGAUAGAUUCAAAAUUUGUGUUUGCUUUUAAGAUUCGUUAAAUUAUUUAUUAUUCUGUUUAAAAAAAAUGAAAUGAAAUGUGUAAUUAAUGAACUAAAUUAUUUGUUGACAAUACAGUAGAGGUGUUACAUCUUUCUAAACCGAGAAUCGAAUAAAACAAUACAAAAAACAAAA